GUGCAGAAUCCUGACUUGGAGGUGUCGCUCUCAGUAACACCAAAGGAUCGAAGAGGCCUAUCUCGCAACAUUUCGCGCCGCACGACCACGCUCGGGGGAGACGGCGACCCCGAAACUACACCUUUACGAGGGACAGAAUUGCUUGGGGAGCUUCCAGAUUUUCGAAAUUGUGGCGUCGUUACAAUGGCUUCGCGUUUUUCUCACCCCGUCCUGACAGUGGACACAGCCAAGAUCCACAAGGUUGACACAGCCAAUGCGCAGAGUCUCCAUGGGAUGUGGAUGGUGUUUUCGAAAUGUGCCGACUACAUGGAGGAAGGCCGCCGCCUGGAAAACCUGAGCUGGAGACUAUGGACACGUGAGACCUUCUGUGUGGAGCCUGAGACCUCCAACGAUGCAUCGGCCUUGCCACUUCUCCGUUCCGAAGCUGGGGAUUUGCCCGAACUUUCCGCUAGCGUUGAAUCGGCGGCGUCGGAGCAGGCAGAGCGCAUUGAACACCACAUCAAGCGUCCGAGAUGCUUGGACUACAAGCCGGCGGUGGUCCGUGAGGAUUCACUAUCCAGCCUCGCCCGUGGAAAGGAGAAGCACAUCACGUCUCUUGGUCUAGAACGGAUGGUGCUCAACAUUAAAGAGAAGAAGCAGCUCGAACCGCUCUCCUCCGUCAUGGAGACAGUCGACGCCCCUAUCGUCGAUAUCACGCCACGUCCCUCCACCCCUUCUCCCGCCACUCCUCCAUCUGUCUCUACUGCAAGGCGGACGCCAUCCCCGCCUCCAUUUCCCCUGAGCCAGCAACCGAAUCAAUCGACUGAGUCUUGCUCGACCACCGCGCCCGAGGGCAAUGAUAGCGACAACAACGGCAAUAGCACCGGUUCCGAUACUAGCGUUUCUUCUUCCGGCAUCCUUCCUGGCCGAUGCGAACUGAUCAAGUCGCCAAGCAUUGUCCGCGGGUUUUCCCCCUCUGUCAUCUCGUCUUCCUAUCGGUCGCAGCCGCGACUGGCCGCCGAGCCUGGACCGGCCAAAUCGACUGCACAGCUCAAACCCUCCCCCUUCAAGAAGAAGGGCGGCAUGUUCACUCUCGGAGGCUCAUCUGGUGAUGACGACGAAAGCUCCUUCGAGGAUCGCAUGGCCAUGCAAGGGCCGCACCGCAGUUCUCUUUCGGAUGAAUUGAGCAAGCCUUCCGCCAGCAACCAGAACCUCAGGAAGAAGGUGGCCUCGUUCAGGGACCAUGAUGAGGUGAUUAAGCCUAUUCGCGAGGGCAUGAUCGAUAAUGAGGAUGCCGUUGAGACAGAAGAUGAAGUUUCCGAGAGUGCCAUCGAAGAUUCGGACUCCGAUUGGGAGGACUCGAUCACGGAGAGUGGCCGAUCCAGCGUGGAGGAGAAGGAGCUCUUCCAGCGUGUGGAUUCCCGGCCCAACCUCGUCUCGCGACGCUCUCUUCUUACUAUGAUGAUGCAUCAGCCCACGAAGAUGGGUCACCCAUCCCGGUCUAGUCCCGCCCUCCAGCGCUCGCGCCUCACGUCGCCCAAUGGUCCCUCGAUCCCUGCAUCCCCCCCUGAGGAUGAUGACGAGAACCUGACGAUGCGCGGCCCCGAUGUCCCUCGCUCAAAGCCGAUUAUCAUGAAGCCCACCCCGCAGUCUGUCGCUCACUCCCCACGGACGACUCGCCGCAACAUGCUGGCUACGGAGCUGACGGAGUCUCUCCGACGCCACUUGUUGUGGGAGCGUCAACAAAAGAGUGCGACCGCCAAUGCCUUCCUCAAGCGCAGACAUACCGCGCAUGAUAUGGCCAAUCUGCAGGAAUACCCUGGACCGAAGGGCCAGAAGGGCCAGCCAUCCGGGCAGGCCGGUGGUGCUACUACCAAGGCUACGAGUCAGGGCAAGGACAAGACGGGUUCCUGGAACCACUACACCGACUUUGGGCCUUGGGAAUACCACGUGAAGGGGUGGUAGAAGCCCAGCCCUUGUCUUUUCUCCUCCUCUUCUCAUUAUCUGCGUCAAAGCAUGUCCUCUCAUCCGGAUGGGUAAUGUUUAUUGACCAUGAUACCCGAUCGUCGAUUGGCUAUUUCCUUGGUUUUGUUUUUCCCCUUCCAAAACAUGUAAAGACCGCCGAUUGAUUAUCAUCCUUGUGACACGUACAAUCACGACUGC